UGUUAUGGAGAAGCUGCUUCCGAGCUCCUCUGAAGAUGUUUGCAAUGGUGCAUGUACCUACACCUCCUGGGCCCUCAGAGGAGUAGCAGGUACAACAAGAAAGCUCAUUAGUCUCCUGAAGGACUAAUAAUUUUGCAGUGGCAGUAGUACGAACUCUUAACAAAACCAUCUUUCUCUGUUUUGCACUGUGUGACAAUGGAAUGCGUUGAUUUUGUGGGUUAAUUUCUGGGGUCUCUUCCCUACUUCCUACCACCAGGAUCUGGCUUUCCUUCAGGAACACAGGCAUGUGAGUUUCUGUGGUUUAGGGCUGGCUGGUUUGUGUUUGCCAGUGUUGAUUAAACAGAGUAGUGAUUAAGCUCUCUAAAUAAUCCACCUCCAGUUAAUAAAAUGUUGCUGGAAUUUGGAAAACACUGAAAGAGCUGAGGAACACUGGUUCUGUGUUCAUUUUUUUGGGAAUAAUUUGUGUACCCAGGCCACUAUAUUCAGGCAAGUGUUGGUGAUUGUUUGCAAAAAGCAAGCUGAUUUGUGACUGCAAGAUUGCCUGAGAUGGAGGGUGCUGUUCAGACUGGCGAGUGGAGAGGAUAUCAUGUGAUCUUUCUAAUAAAGCUAACAGAUGUAGCCCAGAGGAAAGCUACAGCUGUUUAUGCAGCUUGCAAGCCAAAAAUUAUGCAGAUUUUUGUGCGUAAUAUCAAGACCGAAUUCACGGUGGGGGGAGCAGCUAUUCUUGGGAUAUUCAUGAACAGAAAAGCUAAAUUGAUUGAAAUAUCUGUUAAUGUGUCUUAAAUCUUGGAUGUUGUGCCCCACUCUAUAAGUAAAUUAAGGAGGGGAGGUGUACUAGUGAGCAACAUGUUGUUUUGCAUCAGCAUGCCAAUGGGAUGUUGGUGGAGCAAUAACAGAUAAACUGCUUGGUGAUUAUGAGAAUAAUACAUUGUUCUCAAUGUUUGGUAGUCUUUCAUAAUGGCAUCUAUUUAUAGAGACUUGGUUUGGUGUAUUACAAACUCCCUCUUUCAUAAAUGGCUCUUGUCUGUUCAGCUUCUUAUCAGGCUAGAUGGCUUGCAGCCGUAGGAAGGAGAAGAUGGAGAAAGAGCUUAAUAAUAAAGCUGCUUUCAGUAACCAUCCUGUUCUAUUUGAAUCUUACCCCAGGUACAAUAUUUGCUCUUGGAGGGGGAUUAAUUCUUGAAAUCCUGGAUGGACGCAACUAGAUACGUGCUUCCAAAUCCCCUACAAAUUGUCUUCCUUGUUUGCUAAGAGGUUAGUGAUUUCCUCUGGUAGACACGAAGAAGCGUAGGACACGGCUGUGUGGAAAAUUCAUCUGUCUUCAGUGGUGUAGGAGUUCGCGUCUUUGUCCUGUGGCAGCUCCUGUGGUGUUUGGAACACAGCAAGGACCUUUUGGAGCUGAAAAGCUUCAUUCACCCACAGUCACAUACCCAUCUUUGGCCAUGAGCUGCCCUGAGUCGCAAAAGACAGGGAUGAGUGGGAAGAAUGCUGGUUCUCCUCAUAAACAAGUUAUCUUCAAAAAAAGCACCCGUGACAAAGCUCUGACCAUCUACCUGGGAAAACGGGAUUUCAUUGACAACAUAGGGAAUGUGGAACCUGUAGAUGGUGUUGUAUUGGUGGAUCCUGCAAUUAUCAAGGGAAAAAAAGUGUAUGUGUCCCUGACCUGUGCUUUCCGGUAUGGCCAGGAAGACAUUGAUGUGAUUGGCCUCACCUUCCGACGGGACCUGUUCUUCUCUAGGGUCCAGGUGUACCCACCUGCUGACAAGCCAGAGUCUCUCUCCCACUUGCAGGAAUCUUUGCUAAAGAAGCUGGGGAAAAAUGCUUAUCCCUUUUUCUUUACAUUUCCAGAUUACCUGCCGUGUUCAGUCUGUCUGCAGCCUGCACCUCGAGAUGUUGAUAAGAGCUGUGGGGUGGACUUUGAGGUGAAAGCUUUCUCAACAGAGAACGUGGAAGAGAGAAUUCAUAAGAGGAACUCUGCACGUCUGCUGAUCCGUAAGGUGCAAUAUGCUCCAGAAAAGCCAGGACCCCAACCUUGUGCGGAGACCACCUGGCAGUUCUUCAUGUCCAACAAACCAUUACACUUGAAAGCUUGCCUCAGUAAAGAGGUGUACUACCAUGGUGAGCCUAUUCCAGUCACUAUCACCAUCAACAACAGCACAGAGAAAACAGUGAAGAAGAUCAAAGUCCAGGUGGAGCAGGUUGCCAAUGUGGUUUUGUACUCCAGUGACUACUAUACCAAAGUGGUAGCUGCUGAGGAAGCGCAGGAAAAGGUGCAGCCAAACAGCAGCCUGACCAAGACACUGACACUUUUGCCAUUGCUAGCAAACAACCGAGAGACACGGGAAAUAGCUCUGGAUGGAAAGCUAAAGGAUGAGGAUACCAACUUGGCUUCUAGUACCAUUAUUAAGGAUGGAAUAGACAAGACAGUGAUGGGGAUUCUGGUUUCCUACAAGGUCAAAGUGAAGCUCACUGUUCCAGGCAUGCUGGGAGACCUCACUUCCAGUGAAGUGGGCACAGAGCUGCCGUUCCGUCUCAUGCACCCCAAACCCGAGGAGAACAACCCAGCAGGGAAGGAUGGCGAAGCAGAGCUGGUAUUUGAGGAGUUUGCUCGUCAACAGCUAAAAGAUAUGCUUGAUGACGAAGACAAGAAUAUGUCCUCAACUGACGAGUGACUAAAAGAACAAGCUGCCAGAGAAGCUAUGUAGUCUGGCAUCACUUAGAAAUUUAGGUUUCUAGUAAACUGCACGUUCGCAGUGCAUGCAUGCUCCUUCCAGGGAUCAACUCUGAGAUCAAUGGACAUAAAAUCAUGAAUCUCUAUUGCUUAUUAAAAGUUUCAGCUCUAGAAGAAUGUAGCAAACUGAAAAGCUGAUGCUUACUCAAGUUACCAGAGGAGGACAGGAAGGCUGCCAUGCCAUGACAUCUGCUUUCAGGGCUACCUAAUAAAAAGGUUGGUUGCUUUCACUGCUGAUGAGACCUUAAAUGAUGGUUGGUGCAGCCUGCCUAGACUUACUUGGUGUCAAACAGUCUCUGACUUUGAAAUGCCAGUGAGCCAAGUCCUAGUCUGGAAGACUGGCUUGCAGACUUUUGUGAUUCGUUGAAGUUUCUCAGCAGAUUGUACAAAACUGAUUUUAUUUCUUUUUGGUUGCUUUUGCGUUUAUGCUUUAUCAAACUCAUCUAGUGCAUAUUCUCAGUGCUUGCACUGUUCCCCAGUGUGGCUUAGAUCUACUUUCUGUACCAUUAAAUGUCUUGCAAGUCAUCUUCCACAGUGGCUAUAAUGCUGAGGUACGAUGUCAGCUUUCUAGCAAUAUGCUUAACAACCAUGUUAUUAAAGAUGAGAAAAAUGUGCACUGUCCAUGAAUUCCUUAACAAAGCUCCCUAUAUACAACCCCAAACAGAGAACUGCUAGUCCAGACUGAUCCUAUAUUUAAUCUAGUUUCCUGUCUGCAACAGUGCUUCAAAAGAGGGUGCAGUAAAAGUAAGGAGGAAAUUAUGGGGCAGCCUGCCCCGAGGAGCCUUUUCCAACAUCAAUCUGCCAGAGGUUGGUUUAUGCUCUAAGAUGGUAUUCUGCAAACUUUGUUCUCUCUUGUUGAUCUGGAUAUUCUCAUUAUCCAUGUAAAUGUCUAAUCCUUUCCUGAAUCUCACUUAGAUUUUGGCUGCAGUGAG